AUGGAAGCAAGUGAGUUUACUUCACAAAACACAAGCAUUUUUACCGAGAAAGAAGUGUUAGAGAUGCUUUCAUCGAGCCUAGAACCUACUAAAUCUCAUACAUUUGAAACUUACGAAGUUCCCGAAGAUGUACAAUGCCAAAAAGAGGAUACCCAAAACUUGUCCACCAAGAAUGCUGUGAAGUUUCUCCUUGAUGGCACAUUGAAGAAGAAGGUCUGCAGAUACUGUUUGAACGUGACGACAUCACUUUCUGAAUUAGACCAGGUAUUGCAGGUGGCAGGACAUGGAGCAUUAUACAAAGUAACAAUCAGGGACAUGAUAGCAAGUUUUCAUCCAUUUAAGGUUGCUGAAGACCCCAAUUUUCCUAGUAAAAUUUGUGAUAGAUGCGUGGAUCGUACACUGAGUUCAUAUUUAUUUGCUCAGCAAUGCGAGAGAUCAGAGCGGGCUCUACGAAACUGCUUCGAUGACAUGUAUGAGAAGCUAGAGAAACUGGAUCCAUUAGAGAAGCAGAAGAAAAGAGGGAGACAAAAGUUAAAUCCGAAUCAUAACACAUUAUUCGCAGAACACGAGAAUGUCAUUGAUUAUGCUGAACCACUCAUCACUAUUGUGAACACAGCUUCAGAAUUGAUAACAAACACUGAAAAUAUAAAUAGAAAUAAUGACACUUUUAUGUGUUCCAAAUGCUGUCAAAAUUUACCCAGUCUUGAAUCUUUGUUAAAUCAUGAGAAAUCUCAUCCAUCAAGUAUGUGGUAUCAUUGUCAUUUGUGUGGUAAAUCGUUUGCCAAACGAAUCUAUUUGAGGAGACAUAUUCAAUCUGCGCAUGCAACGGGCAAGCAGAUUACUAUGCAGAAAACUGACUUCAAAUGUCAAGAAUGUCAUUUUGUUAGUUUUGAUUACCACACACACUUGCAACAUAUAGAGAAGCACAAGUUCAAAGAGCUUUUGCAGAAUUUGGUAACGAGGAAAAUGGAUAAGCUUUGUGCUGUUUGUUUGAACAAAGGUAUGAAAUUAGUUGAUAUGGAGAAAAUGGUGUGUCUACAUGGAGGUUAUCCGGAGAUGAUGGGUGAUCGAACUCUUUACAGUAUAUUAGGAUCUACAGUUCCAGAAAAAACAUCAUAUAAAUAUCAGGAAUUGCUUAUACCAUCACAAGCCAAAAUAUUAAGCAUUGUCAAAACCAAUGACAAAAUGAAAUCAUCAUCAUCAAACUUCAUGAUUUCACUUCCAUAUGUGAUAUCUACAGAUUGUGUAUGCACUGAUAAUUUACAGCAGUUUAGUUUUUCACUACCUUAUGUUGAUGAUAUAGAACUGUCCAGCUUAGAGAUUGCUAAUCAAGAUAAUGUUGAGGAUAAGCCUUUGAAUGUUGAUACUAAAGUUGAUAUUUAUGAUCACAUUGAAAAUAAUAUAAAUAGCGACGAAGCUCUGACGAAGACUCAUAACUUUCCUGAACAUAUUGAAACGGAUUUUAAAGAGGAUACUCAAAAGAAAGAGGUUACUGUUUUUAAAAAUCUUGAAAAAAUCUGUAACUGUUGUAACACAUGUUGGAUAUUUAAAAAAGCCUCAUGUGCGAGAUGCUUAGAAUUAAUGAGUGGCGAAGCAGAACACACAGAUUUUCCUAAUAAGAAAGACGAGGCCGAACCAAGUAAUCAGAAAUGUUCAUCAUGUUGGUUAUUCAAGAAUUGUAAAGAAUGUGGUUCUUGUAAGAAUCAAAACAUUAAUGAAAAAUCAUCCAAUAUUACUGAAACUAAUACAGAGGUUAAUCUACUAGACUCCAACAUUAAUGAACAGGGUAACAAUAUGAAUGAAAAAUCAUCCAAUAAUAAAGAAAAUUGUAUAAAAGUCAGUUUACAAAACGACAUUAAUGAACAGGAAAAUAUCAUUGAUGAAAAAUCGUCCAAUAAUAUUGCAACUAAACCAAAAGUUAGUCUCCAAGAUUCCGAUAUUAAUGAACAGGAUACAAUCAUGAAUGAAACAUCAUUCAAUGCUACUGAAACACUUUCAGAAGUUGGUCUAACAAAUAACGUAAUUAAUGAAAAUAGUGAUUUGCAGAAUACUAAUGAUUCACCUAAUAAUAAUAAACAUGAAUUUGAAGAUGUUGUCAAGAGUGCUGGAGAUUCUUUCCAAAUGAAAAAGAAUACAGGAGAACCAUCAACUAUCCUACAUCACAACGAAACAAAAUCAAGAAAAAGGAAGAUUACACAUGAAGCAAAUAACAGUAAUGCUGAAGCAAAAAAAUUAAAAUGGCACUGUGAAAUUUGUUUGACUACUAACACAAAUAGAGAAUUAUGCUUUUGCUGUGAUUCACCAAGAGCAUUAAAUAAAAUCAAAGUUAAAUUAAACAACGAUUUCUUGGAUGAUUUCAAUAAUAAUGAUAGUAAAACUAAGGAAGACAAAGAUAAUUUUUUUCCGACCUUGGCUGACUCUGAAUUAAACAGAAAAAAUGCUGACAGACACACAACGAGAGAAGAAAUUGCUUCAGUUAAUGUUGUAGAUCAUAAAUCACUUAAUAUUGACAACAUGGAAGUUGAUAAUACAGCAAUAGCGACAACUGCUAAUAGUGCAAAUUAUAAUUCAGAUAAUGCUAAUGAAGGUGAUAAUUUUGCAGUUAUUGAUAAACAUUCAAACUGCGGUUUAGUUGAACAUCAUACUGAUGUCCCUUCUGAUAAUUCCUUUCCGUUGGAGGAAAUGGAAAUUGUCGACGACACACCUAGGGAAGUACAAAACAUUACUGUGGAAGAGAGACCUGACAGAUGUUGUAGCUUCCCACAAUUUCAGUUCAACAUUGGAACUCAAAGUUUCACAGCUAAGAAACCCGACAGAAAAUUGAAAAGGCCUUUUAGGAAGAGUGUUGGUACAAAAUAG